GCCUUCAAAGUCUGCUCACUCAUAUCUCAAGGCAAGGAUGUUGGUUGUAUUAUCCAUUUUAGCAGACGCCAUGGCAUCGGAGCCAGCGGGCUGCAGUUACCAGGAUGUCUUAAACCACCUGGGCCUGACUCGAACCAACGAGCUCUUCUCCAUGACGCGGCCCGUCAAGUACUACAAGAGGCCGACUCACGUGUCCCUGGAGGUGCUGCUGUACGCUAUCCUCAAUGUGGUGGAGAAGGAGCAGAAGUUCGUUCCUUACGUCUGGACCGUCACGAGGUGGCACAACGAAUACAUCUCCUGGGAUCCCCAAGAGUUCUGCGGGAUCAAUAAUGUGUCCAUUCCCGUUGGAAUUCUGUGGAAGCCGGAUCUCACCAUCGAGGAGAUGGCAGAGAAGGACAAAGCCCCGCCGAAUCUGUACGUCACCAUCAGCGCCGACGGCCUGGUGGAGGUCACGAAUGACCAAGUGCUGUUCAGCAUGUGUCGCAUGAACAUUUACAAGUUCCCCUUUGACACACAGAGAUGUAACCUCUCCUUCAAAUCGAUCAUACACUCGG